UGUGCGUCCCUCUUCACACGGUGCUGUGAUAUCACUUUUACAAAAAGCGCGGCGCAUGCACAUUUCCCUUCCUCAGACAUUCCCUGCAUACGUUAACUUACUGAGAGUAGCGCAGGCUGCCAUCAGCAUGUAGUUACGACGACGUUCGGUGUUCAGCUACUUGCGUUCCAAUCUCCGUAGCCCUUUGGGCUCCAGCCCGAUGCUGGUCAUCAUGCCCCGCAGCAUCUCCAUCGGCCAAGACGGCGACGCUGCGCGCAGGCGGCAGCGCAGCGAGGAGGCUGUCGUGGAGAGACUGUCGCCUGCUGAGGUGGUCGAGGACUGGCAUGGCUCUGGCGGGUGUGCCGAGCUGAAGACGUUCCCCCCGGAGGACCCGGCGCAGCGCCCGCCGCAGGAGGCUCGCUCCCACCCGAAGCUCUCCGUGGGCCGCGAGCGAGUGGACUUCUGGUGGUCCGUGUGUCAGAACGCUGCGGCAUCGGAGAUCGUGGUGAACCUGGCGCUGCCGUGGUUCCUGUGCGACGUUCAGGGUAUGGCCAUAUCCACUGCCGCGGGGUCGUGGCCUGGGAUCUCAAGAAGUGGUGGACACGGAUCUCUGCGCGCCCGCGUGGGCGGGCAGGCAUGCCUAUUUGCUGCUCCCCGAGACCCCAGGGCACGAGCCCGCGGCAGUGGAUGUGAACGUAUUCUGGCGGCGCACAGGCGGGGGUCAUCCAGCCGCCAGAGAUGUGGUGGCUGAAUUUUUGGGUUCUGAUGCUGAACUUGUGGAGCU